AUGUGCUACGUGGGGAAGGCGACGAAGAUCUUCUUCUUCGUGGUGAUCCUGUUGGUGGUGAUUAUGACUGAUCCAGAUGCACCCAGCCCUAGUGAGCCAACUAUGAGGGAGUGGAUUCACUGGAUGGUGGUUAACAUACCAGGUGGAAAAGAUCCUUCUCAAGGGCAGGAGGUGGUGGAGUACAUGGGACCGCAGCCGCCGGUGGGCAUCCACCGAUACGUGCUAGUGCUUUUCGAGCAGAAAUCGCAACUGGCGAGCGUGGCGUCCCCCGCCGCCCGCCCCAACUUCAACACGCGUGUCUUCGCCGCGCAGCACGACCUCGGCCUCCCCGUCGCCGCCGUCUACUUCAAUUCCCAGAAGGAGCCGAUGUCCGCCCGCCGCCGCCGCCGCUGAAAAACAUAUAUAUAUGUGUGCAGCAGUUGUUGCAGAAUGUGUCACUUGUUUGGCUCCCACAAAACUUAGUAGUAUUCUCUUCAUAUCUGGUGUUUGUGUUAUGCUUUUUGCAUGCCUUCUCUCUCUCUCUCUCUCUCUCUCUCUCUCUCUCUCUAAACUUGGGUUGGUUGUUGAAACUUUUUUCAUUCCAUAAGAUGAUGGUUUGGUGGUUCCUUGGUUUGUGUUUAAUAUGUGUGAUAUGA